AAAAAACACAAAAUGUUUGAUCAAAGAUCUAGCGGCCUCAUGAAGAUCGAGAAAGAGGGCACAUCUAUGAUUUGCCUUUGUUCAAAAAUGUACAUUGUGACUGAUUCUGAAUCACCAAAUAUACCGGAUAAAGGAUCAAGAAAGGGUCUAAAUAAACAUUCACUUGUUAACCCGCUUCAAAGCUUUCAAACUGCUUUGAAAGACCAAAUCAACGAACCUUCAGUUAAACGUGGAUUUCGAGUAAAAAACAACUCUGUUUUCAGGUACAAUAUGAAAAGGAGAGGAUUUAGCUAUCUCUAUAUUACAUGUAACAGGUGUGCACAAAAAAGUCUAACAGUAACAAAACCAGGACAGGCUGGAGCUGCAGUAGGCCUAAGCUUGAAACAUUCAACUCUAUAAUGGCGUUCGAAGGCCAUCCUUGGCAAGGCUCAUUAUGAGAAUAUCAAUAAAUCACUUGCACAGAUGUGCGCUCUGAAUUUGGGACCCCUAGCAAUCAUAGAUGGGAAGGGAUUCAAAAGCUUUUGUAAGCAACUCAACCCAGAUUACAAGUUUCUCACAUCGGCUGCAGCUACCAUCUUCUACAGUUAGUUGUAAAAACGAUCCUUGAUGACAGAGUUGUAGCCAAUAUGCUUGGGCAAUGCUGUAGUCUGGUUAUGUUUUUUAAGAAGUCAGUGAUUACCACAGAGGCGCUUACUCAAAGGCAGAUCCU